AUGGAAGGUGUGAUCAUUGUCGAGAUUGUCCAAAAAACUAUCCUUCAUGUGCUGCGAGAUUGUGAUAUUAUUAAACCUUUAUGGCUUAGCAUUGUGAAGAGAAAUGAUAGGGGGCAAGGGCAGGAAGAAGGAAAAUAUGGAUUGGAGCAGGUUUUGGGCGACGACUUUCAAUGCAGCGUGGAGAUGGAGGAAUCAGGAGAACCAUGUAGAGGGUUUGUGAGGCCAGGGAAGCAGGAGGAAGCUGUGCGACAGUUUCUAGAUGUUAUGCCGGUUGAUGAUAACAUUAUUCAUCCAAAGGAGCGGGACUUGCAGAUUUCUAUUCAAGUCAGUGGGAAGGCACCAAAGGACAGUUGGGUCUGUUUGAAUGUGGAUGGGGCUUGUAGAAACAGGAUAAUUAGUUGUGGAGGUGCUAUUCGGGGGAGUGAGGGUGAGUGGCUUAGUGGCUUUUCCAAAUUUAUUGAUCACGGGGACGCGCUUAUGGCGGAGUUGCGAGGCUUACUCGAGGGGCUGAAUCUGGCCAGGAAGUUGAAGUUUUUCAAGGUGGAAAUUAGAGUUGAUUCGAUAGAAGUGGUAGAGAUUAUUGGCAGGAAGCAGACCACAAGUGUUGGGAGAUCCAUUGUGCAAGAGAUUUGGAGCUUAUUAGACUUGGAUUGGGAAUUGGUUUUAUUCCAUUCAUACCAGGAAGAAAAUAGGCAAGCUGAAGCGUUGGCUAAACAUAGCUUUCCAUUAGCAGAUAUGUGUAUUAUUUUUCUCCAACUGCCCAGAUUUGUUUACUCAUAUAUUUGGAUGCAAAUGUAA